AUGGCUUCGAAAUGCCUCGGCGAGCUGAUGCUCCGUUCGUCUUCCACAGCCCGCAUGCCAUAUGCGCACAUGGGCAAGCAGACAUGGCCAUGGAUAUGUCACCGCGGCUUCUCCCACACCCCAACUCGACCGGCACAACCGACAAGGAACGACGGCAAUGACCAAAGCUACGCAUCUGAGGGAGAAUCAAAUAGGCCAAUAAUCCGCUACAUCUCCGAUAAAGUGGCUCCAGAGGCGCAAUCACCGCAACAAGCUCAGCCACAGCCCACUCAAGACGAAACCACGCGAACAAUCGACUCUCUCUUCAGCGGCAUGCCCACCAACCGGACUCCACCACCAUACAUGCAGCAAAACGCUGCGCCAGGAUCAAAGAAUAACCGUAUAUUUGGCGCCGAAUUCUCAAACGCAACCCGCUUGCGGCCUUCUCGCCCACCAGGCCUAGCCUUUGACUCUAUGGCACUGCCCGACUCGAUGCUGAACCCCAACUUGUCCAACAAGCCUUCUGAUGCAUCCAGCCUAGCCGUACAACAAGAAGAAACAUUCUCCUCCUACCCGCGUCUUAACCCAACAUAUGGACGCACAGUGGAGCUGGAUGCGAGCCGCGGACGAGAUAUUGUGCGAGGAAUUGGCAUGCUGGGCAGUCUAGUGGCGCGCAACAAAGUCAAGGCCGACUUCAAUAGACAGAGAUUUCACGAACGAGGAGGCCUAAAACGAAAGAGGCUGGCGUCAGAGAGGUGGAGAGCGAGGUUCAAGCAAGGCUUCAGGGACGUCACUGGACGAGUCACUGAGCUGACGAGGAAGGGAUGGUAG